AUGUAUUACCAAAAAGAACAAAGUAUUACAGGAUCUUUAACAAGAACAAGAAACAAAACACAAACAAAAGCUGGUCAGAAAGAAAAACAACAAGAAUAUAGAGCUUCUAUAAAGAAUAAAGAAAAUGAUAAUGAUGAUAAUAAUAGUGGUGGAGAUAAUAGUAGAGAUGAUAAUAAAGAUGGUAAAAAUGAUGGUGAAGGUGAUAAUAGAGAUGAUAAUGGAGAUGAUAAUAAUGAUAAUGAUAAUGAUAAUAGAGAUAAUAAUAAUAAAAAGAACAAUGAGAAAUAUAGAUUAAAAAAAUAG